GCGUUCCGCCACAAGUUGAGUUUAAAGGGACUUGUUGAUUCGUAAACUGGACUUUCUCGUCAAUAGUCCAGUCGUUUUGGUGCUUUAAAUCUUUAAAGGGCUGAGACUGUGGAAAGAUCUAAGACAUUGCGACGGAUAGGGUGUUGAGUGGUUUGGAAGUUUCACCAUUUUGAGAAAGUUUGUUUUAACGUGGAGAAGUGCAGGAUUGUGUAGGAGAUUGGUGUUGGGAUAUCUUUUGAAAAAGUGACCAUGUUGUUCAUUGAGGAGCUGUUGGGAUAAGACUUGGGAUAAAGUUGGACAGAAGCAGGUGAUCUAGUUAAUUAACGAAAGUGACAUCGUUAAUGUGAUAAUCUAAUCAUGGAGGAAGAAACUGUAAGACAAAACCGGUCAGCCUCUGGAGUCAUCAAGUGGAUCUUUAAAGCCAUUUUGGCUCAAAUCGGCUGCUUGUCUAAGCAGACGACAGACGGCUCCCACAUAGCAGACGGCCAUUUUGAUUCAUUGCUAGCAGAUACAGACACCCCUGGUAUCUACCGGAAGAAGUUAGACGACAAGGGAAACAAUAAAACUCGGCCAAAGUCACCGGAUGUUGGUAAAGAGUUAUGGGACGACGAGGACUUGAGCAAAUGGAGAGAGGACGGCCUUGACCUUAAGAGCAAACCUUAUGGGACAAUGUUCAGCCUCCAGAACUGUACUCUCCAGUCUGAAGAUAAAGGGGACGGCGAGACGUACUGGGUGUCGUUUGAAGAGAAAAGUUUCUCCAAGGGAAACGAGUUCAAGGUCUACAACGGGCGCAUGAACGGCCGAGGACCAAAGUCAGGGGACAAGUGUGUGGUCAAGGUCUUCAGACAGUGUCAGGGCACCAAGAGCUUAUGCAGCUGCGAAGUAAAGAAAUCUCUGAAAGCCAAGGAACUGGUUCGGUCCUUCAGGGAACUAGCCCCGGAGCAAUGCCAGAAGCUGAAGAUGACCACGGUCUACUGGGCUCUGAUGGACGAGGUCUCAAAGUUAAAGCUCCUGUUUUUCACAGGGGAGAGGAAGUUGUCCACGAGGGAGGCUGUCCUGUUUGAGGACGACGUCCGUGUGAAUGAUGACAAGCCAGGCAAGCUGAGGAAACUGACCCUGUAUAUCAACUCAAAGGGUGAGAAAGAUGAGCUGGCUACUGCGGAUUUGGAAGCUUUUGUUCACUUCACGUACCACCACACUAACGGUGGGCUGGUCAUCUGUGGGCUGGAGGGCGUGCAUGACGAGGAGGGUUACUUUCUGAAGACGCCGACGAUUCAUUCCCUGACUGGGGAGUUCGGCAUCAAGGACCGGGGAAUGGAAGGGAUUAAGGAUGUUUUUUCUUGGCACACCUGCAAUGAUGUUUGCAAAGGGAUGAUUCUGCCCAGCUUUCAUAAAGACCUGGUCAACGGGAAUGAGGUCCCCCAUGGCACUUGUCCUGUGGAUCCGGUGCUGUGUCCAAGUAACGAGCCGUCCAAUAAAUCUUGUUGUACUGAGUACUCGUUUAUCAGCCGGAUGGAAUCGAGAAUAUCCCAGGUCACUGAGACCUUCUCUGACUAUCUAGAACCCACGGCGCCGGCUCUCGAGGACUGUGAUGAGAGCGUGUUCCAACCCUCACCGCCACCUUAUUCCCAACUGUUUGUUGCCAAUUGGCUGCUGGGUGAACAGUCUCAGAACUGCUUCAUCCAGCCCAUGCAGGAAGAGGUAACCCCGCCCCAAAACUCAAACAUCACAGGGGAGAACAGGGUACAGAAUCUCAAUGAAAUAAACCGUGAUCACAUCACCCGAGAUCUGACUUCAGUUGAAGCAGAAAGCGACAUAGGCGGAGUCUCCACAAUGGAUUCAUCCGAAGACAUGGGAACUGACAAGUCUUCAGUCCAAUUUGACAAGAAACGUGUCCGUUUUAGUGUCUACAACGGUACGGGAUCAUCCCACACUCCAUCAACAGCGAACACAAUAUCAUCAAGUGACAGUCCCAUGGACAUAUCCACUGUCACCAGCACCUCCGGCAGUCAGCCUCGCUCUAUAAUCCGACACCGUGCCGAAUCCCUCAACACCAACCAAAUAUUUUUUCCCCACACCAUCCACCCAUCAAGUCCACAAAACAGAUUUGAAUUCACGAACCUUCAAAAUUCAGAGAUUAACCAGCAAAUAUUCACAGACAGCCCACCUUCCUACUUUGAUUCGGAGAUGGCAACAGCCUAUUGGAUUGUUCAAAGGGGUUACAUUCCAGUUCAGUCUAACGCCAAUAAGGGAGGUAAUGACAACUGCGAUCACAAUACUAUUGCGGCAGUGAUCACACCUAAUGGACAAAUAGCCAACUUUUUCCCAGUCGCUGUCAACAAUAUUCAAAACCAACCAAACCAUCCCCGUAACUGAUAAUAAAAGGAAAGAAAACUUGUUGUACCAUACUCAUAUUACCAGAGAUUGUUUAAUUAACAUCCUUUUUCAAUUUAAUAUGGAAAUUAAAAAGAUAAUUUUAAGUAGAACUCAUUUUUCAUUACUUCCUGCUGAGAAAACAAUUUUUUAUUUCAGUUCAAUUUACUUCUAGGUUAAAACAGGAACUGUAAAGUAAUUGGAUGGGAUUUAAAUUGGUAGUCAUUGAAAAAGAUUAACAUUACAAUAUUACAAUGUGCCAUUGUUUGUGAAUGUAUUUUUUU